GCAGCGAGGAGGUGGUCAUGAAGGCACCACAGACGUGGACCACCAUGAUGAUGAUGAUGAUGAUGAUGAUGAUGAUGACAAUGAUGAAUGAAGCGACGUCGCUUACAUCUCAGCAGAACUGGUGUUCCAACUCGACGGUGCUGCGGACGCGCACAUCGUGUCACUCGUGUAGCCUGACCGCCAUCCUGCCGUGUCCUUCCGGCUACAAGAAGACGCCCGGGUCCACAGUGCAGGACUGCCAGGUUUGUGUGUGUGUGUGUGUGUGUGUGCGUGUGUGUGCGUGUGUGUGCGUGUGUGUGCCUGUGCGCAGGUAUUACAUUCGGAGUGCCACCCUAAAGCUGUCAAUCACUGGUUGUUCAUUUGAGUGCUACAAGGAGGCGGAGCUUAAAAGGUGCUGUCCAGGAUACUGGGGACCUGACUGCACUGAAUGUCCGGUAGAAGCAGAGCGGCCCUGCAACGACAGAGGAUCCUGUUUCGAUGGACUCGGAGGAAAUGGAACCUGCAGCUGUCAGGCGGGCUUUGCAGGAAGCGCCUGUGAGGACUGCGAGGCGGGUCGAUACGGUCUGAGCUGUAGAGAAGUCUGCUCGUGUGUUCACGGGCUGUGUGAUGCCGGCCUCAAAGGCAACGGCGCAUGCACGUGUUUCUCCGGGUACACGGGUCCAAAGUGUGAUCAAGAGCUUCCGGCGUGUGCGUCCCUCCAGUGCCCGUCCGAGUCACGCUGCAUGGAAGAAGCUCUGACGGGCCGCCUGGUGUGUCGCUGUAUGCUUGGGUACCGGCAGUCUGGUGACGAGUGCUUAUCUGUAAACCCGUGUGCACAGCAGGUGUGUCACAUGCACGCCACUUGUGUCCACUCUGGUCCAAACCGGCACCUUUGCGCUUGUAACCAAGGUUACAGCGGGGAUGGGCGAGUCUGCAUGGCAGUCGACCCGUGUCAGACCAAGCAGGGCGGCUGCUCGGCUGCGUCCACCCGCUGUGUCUACGACGGGCCGGGCAAGUCACACUGCGAGUGUCUUCCCGGAUUUGACAAAUCGGCGGAUGGCAGUUGUCGCCUGGCGGACUCGUGCACUCCCACUUCAUGCCACAAGAACGCCAACUGCACCACGGUGGAACCAGGACGUGUCCAGUGCACCUGUCUCCAGGGUUACCAUGGCGACGGAAACGUUUGCUACGGCAACAUCAUCCAACGUCUGAACGAGCUCAACACAGAACCUGGCGGCCCGUGGAGCGGCCAGCUGACCAGCGCCAUCACGCUGUUCGGGUCUGUGUCGUGGCCCCUGCAGAACUUGGGUCCGUUUACACUUUUUGUUCCGAUCAACAAAGGUUUCAGAGGAAUGUCGCUGCGGACCCUGACUGCCGACCCGUCUAAAGCCAAGUACCUGUGCAAGAUGCACCUGGUUGCUGGGGUGAUGACCUUUGACAUGCUGAAGAAAAGCGACGUCUUCUAUACGCUGACGGGGAAGUCGGCGGAGAGUGACACAUCAGAGGGGGACUCGCAGACCAAGAUCCGAAUCCACGGCAACAGGAAGAGGGGUGUGGUCAUCCAGUCGGACCUAGUGGCCUCCAAUGGGAUGAUCCACAUCAUCAACAAGCUGAUGGACAGUGUGGCGGCUACGGUGGAGAGCAACGUUCAGGAGAACCUGAUCAAGAUUCUGUCCGACUACGGCAAGUUUGGAACCUUCACAUCUUUACUGGAGUCCGUUGACCUGGCUUCCAUCUUGGACGUCCCGGGCCCACUGACGGUCUUUGCCCCUGUCAGCUCGGCGUUCGGCGCCAUGGCGGAGAGUCACCUGGAAUACCUGCGUAGCGAUGCGGGCGCCACCAAGCGGGUGGAGCUUCUCAGGAAUCACAUCGUGCCGUCCACGCAGUUGGACGUCUUCACCGCCGUGUCCGGCCCACAACUUUUCACGAUGGCCAAUCAGGUGCUGAGCAUCAAAGUCAGCCAUAACGGUCAGGUGAUGGUGAACACGGCGGCCGUGUUGGAGGCGGCGGUGGAGGCGAAGAACGGUCGUCUGUAUGUGGUUGACGCGCUUCUGAUGCCGGCAUCCAUUGAACCGCUGCUGCCUCACAGGUGUGACGUCACGGAGAACAGGAUCGUCAAGGGCAAGUGCACGAGCUGCUCCAAAGUCAAACUGUCCCAGUGCUCGUCAGGAGGCGUCUACACGGGCUCCUCUGUCUUCGGCUGCCUUUACAGUCUCUCCAUCGGUGGCACCGCACUCGGUGUCCCGGUGACCGGAUGCUCGCCGCUCUGUAACGUCACCGUCACGACUCCCGCCUGCUGUGACGGCUUCUACGGUCCAGACUGCAAGCCGUGUCCCGGAGGACACCAGACGCCAUGUUCAGGACGCAGUCAGUGCUUCGAUGGUAUUGAAGGAAACGGAACGUGCAACUGUCCAUCAAACCUCAAAGGCUCUCGUUGUCAGCUGUGCGCAUCCUCGAACAAAUUUGGCCCUGAGUGUGACACCGCGUGUCCUUGCAUCCACGGCCUGUGCGACAAUCGACCCGACUCAGACGGACGCUGCAAACCGGACUCGUGUCAGCCGGGCUUCACGGGUCGCUUCUGUGAACGCAGGACGGCGCCGUGUGGUACUCUGGCCCAGUUCUGCCACGCCCACGCCGACUGCGACUUCAGAUGGGGCGCCCCGAGCUGUAUUUGUCGACCUGGUUACCAAGGCGACGGAAUCACCUGUGUGGAAUCGGACCCGUGCGCUCCACCAUUCCGAGGCGGCUGUAGUCUUAACGCCAGGUGUGUAAAGACGGGCCUGUCCACUCGCGCCUGCCAGUGUCUGACGGGUUGGCAGGAAGAUGGAGACGAGUGUCAGCCAAUCAACAACUGUCUUGCUGAUGACCGCGGCAGCUGCCACCCCAACGCCACCUGCGUCUACGUGGGACCGGGACAGAGCGACUGUACGUGCAACAGCGGCUACCGAGGAAACGGGCGCAAGUGUGUCGCGGUCAAUGGGUGCGUCAGCCAGAGUGGCGACUGUCACUUCCUGGCCAGCUGCAAGCUGAGGUCGUCCGAGUGGACGUGCGUGUGCGAUGACGGUUACGCGGGAAACGGUCGCUUGUGUUACGGCAGCAUUCAGCAGGAGCUGGCGAUGCUCCCGGAAGCCUCCGACUUCUCCACAUGGAUCGCCGAGGCGGGUCUAAGUCUCUCCUUCUCAGACCAGAACGUCACGCUCUUGUUGCCUUCGUCCGCUGCGGUUGCCAAAAUGUCUCCAGUGGACAAAAAGUUCUGGGUGGAAAAGGGAAACCUACCAAGUCUCAUCAGACAUCACAUGAUCGAUGGCGUCCAUCCGCUCAACAGCCUCAGCACCACUUCCUCUCUCACCUCGCUUCUCAACACGCCACUUCCUGUUUCAACCAGCCAGGGGGUGACGUGUGUGGGCGGGGCAGCCAUCAGCACAGCUGACCUGGCUGCGACCAAUGGGAUUAUUCACGUGGUCAACGCGGUCGUGCUUCCAGACAGGAAGCUGAGCGAAGGCCUGCUGGCGACACUCCAACGGCGAAGGGGACUUUCACUCUUUACGUCGUACCUCAUGGAAUACGAGCUGAUGGACGAGAUCGAGCGGGCCGGCGAGUUCACAGUCUUCGCUCCCACAGACGCCGCCGUCAAAGAGUACCUUGACAAAAUGGCUGCCACAGCGCUGGACGUCAAUACCACCCGUUACCACUUGGUGGCGUCAGAGCGUCUGCUGAAGACGGACCUGCAGUCAGGAGGCUACAAAGAAACCCUGCUUGGGUUCCGCUUCCAGCUGGGCUUCUUCCCUCGAGACGGAAAGCUGUUUGUCAACGAUGCUCCCAUCAACACGUCCAACGUCCUGAGCGGGAACAACGGUGUCGUUCACGUCCUCUCGGCGGUUCUGAAUGUCAAGCGGAACCGCUGCGAUGAGAUCCGGCAGCACAAAGUGAAGGGUUCCUGUGUGGACUGUCUCUUCCCACGAGGGGACGUCUGUCCGGCUGGCAGCAGUCUGGACGUGAGGCCGGGAUGUUUAGCUUUGGGUUUGGGUUUGGGCAGCUUUCAUGUUUGUAAGCAUGCUGUGUUGCAGGAAAGGUCCAAGAGGGUGAAGUGCAUGUUCACGCGCUCCUUCGAGGGCGAGCGUCUGUUGACUAUCGGUUGCCGGGCAACGUGCUUACAAACCCAAAUCGUACACGUGUGUUGCCACGGCUUUUAUGGCCCGCACUGCGAGUCCUGUCCAGGGGUCAAAGGUCAGCCCUGCUUCGGGAACGGCAUCUGUUUGGACGGAACCAAUGGAACCGGACUGUGUCGCUGCAAUGAAGGCUUCGUGGGAAUGGCGUGUGAGACGUGCCAAGCUGGGAAGUAUGGCGUCCACUGCGACCAGGUCUGCCGCUGUCAAAAUGGCCGCUGUAACGAGGGGCCACGUGGCGACGGGACGUGCGAGUGCGACGUCGGCUGGCGGGGCGUCGUGUGUGACGAAAAGAUCCAGUCCAGUCCAGAUGCAGAACUUUGUGGUUCCGUCUUGUGUCACACCAGCGCAAACUGCGUGGUCCGACCAUCCGGAUCAGAAUGCUUGUGUGCUGCCGGCUUUCGGGGAAACGGAACGUUCUGUCAAGCUAAAGAUGCGUGUGUGCAGGACAACGGUGGCUGCAGUUUGUUUGCAGUGUGUAAACGGACCCGACCCGGCCAGCGCGUGUGUGUGUGUGACCAAGGCUUCUCUGGAGAUGGACUGGUGUGUGUCGAGAUAAAUCCUUGCCUGGAAGGAAAUGGUGGUUGCCAUGCCAACGCAGACUGCGUGCACGUGGGUCCAAACAAAGCGUCUUGCCGCUGCUUGGACGGCUACACAGGUGACGGACGCAGCUGCACAGUCGUCAACUUGUGUCAAAAGAAAAAUGGCGGCUGUCACCGGUACGCCAGGUGCAACAUGACGGGCCCUGGCGUUCGCACGUGCACGUGUGCCGCUAACUUCAUCGGAGAUGGUUUGACCUGCAAAGGCACCCUUAGCAAGGAAAUUCUGAGUCGACACCUGCUGGACUUUUACCUUGGCCUGAUGUUUGUAGAAAUAUCGCUGAAAGGUCGCGGCCCCUUCACCGUCUUCGCUCCGAGCACUUCAGCCUACCUGGCGGAAAAAAACGGACCGGGCAGGAUGAAGCGACUGAUGUCCGACAAGCACAAAGAAGACCUGGGCACCGUCAUGCGCAGUCACAUGGUCAUGUGUCAUAUGCUGCUGCCCGCUGACCUGCGCCCACCUCAGAACCUCACCACCUUGUCUGGACUUGUCCUGACCACCUCCUCCUCCGCCCAGGGCAGCAUCUUCAUCAACGAGGCCAACGUCACCUACAGCGACGACGUCAGCGUCAACGGAAUCUUCCACGAGAUUGACAGGAUUCUGUUCCCGCCCGGCUUGGACGCCCAGAUGGAGUCGGACGCGGCCCUCAACUUGACACCCUUGGCCGAUCGUCACGGUUACAGAACCUUCUACAAGCUGCUGCAGGACACGGGUGUGAUGGACAUGGUGCAUGAUGGGAUGUACCAGCCCGUCACGCUCUUCCUGCCCUCCGAUGUGGCCAUGGCGACCUUGCCUCAGGAGCAGAAGGACUUCCUGUUGCACCCACACAACCGCGAGCAGCUGAAGGAGUACCUGAAGUAUCACGUUCUCCAGAACCAUAAGGUUUACGCCGAAGGCCUGAUUCAUUUGGACUCGGCUCGCACGCUGCAGGGCUCGUCUCUCUCGUUCAGCUGCGGCGGGACGGACCAGAUCGGACAGAUCUUUGUGAAUGACGGACAGUGCCGGAUCGUCCAGAGACAUCUCGCGUUUAACGGCGGCAUCGCUUACGGGAUCGACUGCCUGCUGACCCCACCCAACCUGGGGGGGCGCUGCGAUGAGCAGACCAGCUUUGACCUUCAAAUGACCUGCGGACUGUGCGCAUCCUCGGCCAAUCAUUGUCCAGGAGGAUCCAAACUAAAGGCGGUGGAGAAGUGCGACCUGCCCGCUGUGUUUGUCAGCAGGAACUCGGGCUGCCGCAGCGUGUGCACGUUCAACUUGUGGCAGCCAAAGUGUUGCCAUGGUUACUAUGGGCGGGACUGUCAGGCGUGCCCGGGCGGCGUGGGCGCCGUUUGCAGUCACCGUGGCAACUGUGACGACGGCCAUCUUGGCAACGGCACUUGUACGUGCACGACAGGCUUCGGGGGCGUGGCCUGCGAGCUUUGUGCCGACGGGUUCUACGGCGCCAACUGUGAAGCAUGCAACUGCUUAGAACACGGAACGUGCGACGACGGACGAAGGGGGACCGGUUCUUGUUUCUGUGAGGCGGGCUGGACGGGCGAGCGCUGCGAGACUUGGCAAGCUGAGGUCGUCCAGUGCUCUCCGUCUUGUUCCGUCAAGGCCGUCUGCCGGGACAACAACACCUGCGUGUGUCAGCCAUUUUAUGAGGGAGACGGAUACACCUGCACAGCGGCGGACAUGUGUGACGUGUGGAAUGGCGGCUGUGCGAAGGUGGCCAAGUGUUCCCAGUAUGGCGAGCAGGUGACCUGCACGUGUCCCAAAGGCCACUCCGGAGACGGCUUCAUCUGUCAGCCUAUUGAUCCCUGCGUUGCUGGGGACAACGGCGGCUGCCACAAACACGCCACAUGCAUCAUGACGUCGCCGGCAAAGAGGAAGUGCGCCUGCAAAGACGGCUUCAUUGGAGACGGCAUCACUUGUGAAGUCCAAGAGCUUCCCAUCAGCCGCUGUCUCCAAGACAACGGGCAAUGUCACCAGGACGCACAGUGCACCGACCUCCAUUUUGAAGACGUGACAGUGGGCGUGUUCCACGUGCGUUCAGAAGACGGCCAGUACAAGCUGAACUUCACAGCAGCUCGGUCGGCGUGCGCCGCCACGGGUGGGGUCUUGGCUUCCUACACGCAGUUGUCCUACGCUCAGCAGGGUGGCUUGAACAUGUGUGCCGCUGGCUGGUUGGACGGGGCCCAGGUGGCGUACCCCACCACCUACGCCAACCCCAACUGUGGCUUUGGACAUGUCGGCAUCGUGGAUUACGGCAUCCGCAAAAACGUGAGCGAGACCUGGGACGCCUUCUGCUUCCGGAUGAAGGACGUCAACUGUGAGUGCAAGUCCGGGUAUGUUGGAGACGGCUUCAGCUGCACAGGAAACCUUCUGCAGGUCCUCAUGUCCACGCCUGCCUUGUCCAACUUCCUCACUCAAGUCCUCAACGUGUCUCAGAUGUCUGAAGCCGGGAGACAGUACAUCAAGCGUCUUCAGGACCCGGCUGUCCAGUCCACGCUCUUUGUCCCCGACAACGACGGCCUGAUGGACAACAAAACGCUGUCCCAGCGCGACUUGGAGUUCCACUUGUCGGAGGGUCAGGCUCUGACACUCAUUCAGCUGACCAAUGGAACUCGGCUGAGGACUCGUGUCGGCACGCUGAGCGUCGUUGGACUCACCGACAUUCUGGACCCUUCAGCUCUGUCGUCUCGCUACGUCAACGACCGCUUUGUCGCCGCCGCCGACAUCAUGGCUGCAAACGGCGUCAUACACAUCCUGCAGGGACCUCUUCUGGCCCCGCCCCCUCGCCAGGAGAUCGGUGCGUCUCACAAGGCCGGGGUGGGACUCGGAGCUGUCCUGCUCGUCAUUCUGGUGUCAGGUUUCCUUUUUGUGGGAUUUCACUUCUACAGACGCUCCGACAAAUUGUUCCAGUUUCAUUACUUCAAGGAGAACGAGGAUGAGGAGGAAGCUGUAUGUGCCGCUCGCAGCAUCACCAACCCGGUGUACGAGGACGCUCCUCCGGCGCAACUGCCUGACACUGUGGUCCAGGGGUCAACAGGGUCCAGGCAAGUAGAAGACCUCCCGCAGGUCAGCUGAGGUGUGAAGAAGCUGAAAUGUUGAAAAAGUUCAAACUAAAUUUGGUGAAAGAAAAAAAAAAAUGGUG